AUGGUGAUGAUGGAUAAAAGUCCUUAUGUGUUUCUGCUAAAUCUAGUCACAGGGUCACAGAUUCAACUUCCACCUAUCACAACAUUUCCUGAGAUUGUGGGUUUUGGAGUUUCUGAACUUGGCCAAGAAGAAUAUCUUUAUCGAACCCACUUGGGGGAUGAGGAGAGACGAAGAGGAGAAUUCAUUAAAUAUUUUUUCUUUCACAAGGUAAUUGUAAUUGGGAAUCCAUCCCUUAGUGAAGGACAUUUAGCCUUCUGUAGGGAAGGAGAUGUGAGAUUGACUUUAGUACACCACCAAGAUGAGUUAAUCUUUUUCUAUGAUGUUGUUUACUGGAAAGGAAAUUUCUAUGCUGUGGAUUCUGCUGGAGUGCUUGUUGUAUGUGAUUUGGAGGGUCCAGUCCCUAAAUUAAGGAAGAUAUUGACUCCACAACCUCCUAUUACAGGAGACAUAUAUUACUUGGUAGUCUCAGGAGAUGAGUUAUUGCUGGUUUCUAGGACAAUAAAAUCUUGUUUCCAUAACGUUAAUAAUAUCAAUUGUCGUGGUCACGAUAUUGAUGAGAAUGCUGAUCAUGCUAAUUCUCAGAGUUACAAUUUCAUCAAGGAUGAGGAUGAUGAUAGCGGAGAUGAAGUUGAUGACAAUGAUUAUAACAAUGAGGAUGACGAUAACGGAGAUGGAGUUGAUGACAAUGAUUAUAACAAUGAGGAUGAGGAUGAUGGAGGUGUACAUCUACUCAAAACAAUUGAUUUUAAGUUUUUGAGUUUGAUGAAGUGGGGGGGACAUGGACCAAGUCUUGAAAAUCGAAUGUUAUUUGUUGGGAAUAACUUUUCAUUUUCUCUCUGCACUAAUGAUUUUCCUCAAUGCAAAGCCAAUCACAUUUAUUUCACUGACGAUGGCACCGAGGGCCAUAUGAACUACUACAUUGGCGCAUCAACAGUCUUGACCGGGGGUCAUGACCUGGGAGCCUAUGACAUGAAGAAUGGCAAAAUUGAACCGUUCCCUUGCUGCCCAGAAGUUACUUGGUUAAUUUGGCCGCCACCCUUUUGGGCUACUCUAUCUCUUUACUAGACAAAUUCCAGUUGCAAGAGGAAAGGUCAUGCAGAUAGAUGGAGGAACUUGGAGAUUAUGAUUUUAAUGUAAAAAAAGUUACUUUUUUCUUGUCACACAUGUAGUACUUCUAUUAAACUAAAUGCUUAGUGCAGUAUUUUGUUAGAAGGAAACAAGAUUAGACUGUGGAUCAACAGUAUUUUUUGAGUUCAUUUCUGAAAGCAUUUCUUCUUCAAAGGUAUUCCAUUCUUUGAAAUAGAGCCUUCGAUGCAGAGCAUUAGAAUUUCAUAGUACUUUGGACAAGUCGAGCAGAUUGUACCACCAACUGAUGCAGCAAGUUGAUUCAUACUGCCUGCCACAGUUUCAUUGUUUAGACCACCAGAGAUGCUUCAAUGGCAGCAGCCAGGGAACCCACCUUGUUCAGAAUUCCCUAGAAUGGUAUUGCACCCUGGAGUCAUCUUCAGUGAGUGGUAGUUAUACAAUCUGAAACUCUCCAUCAACUAUCAAUUUCUCCCCUAGUAGAACAUCAACUGUCAGUUUCUCCCCUAGCGGAAUCCCUAUGUCACAACAAGAGUCUCAGUCCUAUCCAUUUGAAACACACCUUUCCCCCAACAAUGCCUAUGGCUCUCCAACUCCAAGAAGUGGAUCCUGCAUCACGGAUGAUGUUAAUGAUUUCAGGUACAACUACAAGCUAAGAGAACUGGAAAAAUGUAAUGUUGGGACCUGAUGCUGAUAUUAUUGAUAGCAUUGAGUACCUUACAGGACGAACGGAUCCAACAAUACCUCAUCAGGGAUAGACAGCUGGCGGGAUUGGCUUUGGAGGGAGGGGAUUGAGUCUUGAGUGUUAGUCCUGCCUCCAUGCAGUCAAUAGGGUUUCUUUUACUUGCCUUUAGAAAAUUUUCUUCACCAUGAAAAGAAAAGGAGAUAUUUCUUUUGUUAGUUUCUAGAACAAUUUUUCUUAUUUGUGUUGACAUGGUUUCAA